UCCUGUAUGUAUGGUAUGAUCAGCCUUAUCGGUGGUCUAAUCACCAAUGACAAUAUCUAUCUUUAACAUAUUUGUUGCCUUACCUACCUGUAACAUAUCCUCACUUUGUAUUGAUUAAUGUUAAUCUAUAUCUGAAAUGGAAUAUGCAUGGAAGGAAGCUUCGUCCUGUCAAAUUACUCCUACCUAUUGCUCUGCUCUUGUUGUUCUUGCUCUCCCUUAAUCAAAUAGAGCCUUAGCUGUCUGCGUAUGUUGCCAAUUAAACUAAACAAUUCCACAAGUCCGUACGUACUGAUCGUCAAAACGAUUCUUCCUGCUAUACUUCCUCAAGUUUUUUAUCAAAUCCAAAUAUUCAGGCUAAUGAAAGUCCCCAGCUAUAUAUACAAGACCGUAUCACCAAGUUUGCAUAUAUCUGUCUACCUAUAUCUCCACUCCACAAACUCUUCAACAAUUGACAUACCCUUGAUCUGGCCGCUCAUAUUUGUCCAUCAACUCAUUCAAUUACAUAUAAAAUCCAAUUAAUUUCAGAAGGAAUUAAUGGCCAUGGCAUGCCCAAAUUUUGAAGCUCUCAGAGACCUACACAACUCUGCCAAUAACCUUCUCCACUCCCCGGUGAUCCAACAAGCUCUCAUCAACGACAUCGAACAGGAGAAAUGGGUUCAUCAAGUGUCAGAAGCGUCUCUAAGAAUGCUGGAUGUGUGCGGCAUUUCCAAAGACGUUCUUUUGGUCGUGAAAGAACAUCUCCAAGACCUUCAAUCCAUGUUGCGCCGAGGAAGCAGCAGCGGAGAAGCGGACAAAAGUAACAGGAUUGCAGCCUACAACUGCUACAGGAAGAAGCUAAAGAAGGAGACGCUCAAGUGCUUGAAAUCUCUCAAAGGAAUAAGGAACAAGUCCAAUACUAAUUCUUCACAAGUAUAUACGGACCACAACCUUAUGGUAGUUGUAGACGUGCUCAGUCAAGUGAGGGCGACUUCCGUUUCAAUUGUGGAGACUCUUUUGUCCCUGAUUUCCGUACCAUGGCUGGAGCAGAAAUCAUCGGCUUCCUUCCAGUUCAUGUCCAAGUUUAUGCGUGUGAGUGGCCGCCAACGAGUGUACGAUGCAUGCGAUGCGACGGCGCUUCAAAGUGCGAACAAAAGAUUGGACGCUGUCGAGAUUGCCAUUCAAGACCUUGAAGCUGAGUUAGACUGCAUGUUUAGACGUUUGAUUGACACCAGAGUUGCCCUUCUCAAUAUACUUAACAAUUAACUAGCUCAAUUAACCCAUUCAUUAAUUCAGUUGAUCAUCUGUUGGAACUUAAUACCCUCCUCGGCAAUUGCAAACCAAGAUGUCACGAUUCAUUCAUUUUUUGUCAGGCUCCCCUACCGGGAUCCAGUAACUGUGGUGUUACCAGUUCUUUGAUUAUUUACAAUAAACUCUCUUUU